GCCGAGCGACAUCCAUCAGACUCGUUGCACUCUCUAGAGGUACGCGCGAGCACUCCACACAGACUGCACCCCACCGAGCACUUCGCCGGGCUGUCACGUCGAGUUCCGGGCCGGUUUUGGUGAGCCUCUGCGCGGAUUUCUUUCUCCACCAGGACCGUGGGAGACAUGCGAGGUCUCGGAGGAGGAGGACGAGACGAACUGGCCAGGCAGCAGCAGCAGCAGACACCUGCGAGGAGGAUCUGAGUUUGUUUCAAUAACGACAAAAGAAAGGUUUAUUGCGGGCAUCACUAUGACUGAUGGGGAUUAUGACUACCUUAUAAAGCUCCUUGCUCUGGGGGACUCCGGCGUGGGCAAGACCACCUUCCUGUACCGAUACACAGACAACAAGUUCAACCCCAAGUUCAUCACCACAGUCGGCAUCGACUUCAGGGAAAAGAGAGUGUUGUACACAGCAGCCAACCCCAAUGGGACGACCACGGGAAAGACCUUCAAGGUUCACCUUCAGCUCUGGGAUACAGCCGGACAGGAGAGGUUCCGCAGCCUGACAACGGCGUUCUUCAGGGAUGCCAUGGGGUUCCUGCUGAUGUUCGAUCUCACCAGCCAGCAGAGCUUCCUCAAUGUCAGAAACUGGAUGAGCCAGCUCCAGGCCAAUGCCUACUGUGAGAAUCCAGAUAUUGUGUUGGUAGGAAACAAGGCCGACCUGGCCGACCAGCGGGAGGUUCAGGAGAAACAGGCCAAGGAGCUGGCUGAUAAAUACGGGAUCCCGUACUUCGAGACGAGUGCAGCGACGGGGGCGGAGGUGGACAAGGCGGUGCUAACGCUGUUGGACCUGGUCAUGAAGAGGAUGGAGCAGUGCGUCGACAAGCCGCCUGCCGAGCCAGCCAAUGGGAACGGGGCCACGAAGCUCGGCGAUGUGCAGCCCGAUGAGAAGAAAUGUGCAUGCUAGACCGAGGAGGCGAUGACCAGUCAGCGCUUCUGUCGUCUGUCCUUUCUACUCGCCACAUCCUCUACUUUGUUUACCUUCUCCGUCAUCUUUGAUCGCAUGUUUCUUCAUCUUCCCCCGUUCGCCCUCUUCUCUAUGAAAACUAAUCUUUAACCAUCUUCUGCUCCUCUUUUUCUUUCUCGUCCCCGCUGUGUUCUUCUUUCUCCUCCCGAACUGUCUGCCAGAGGGCAAUGAGACAAGCUUGUCCCCCCUCUCUAGUGGACAUUUGAAGGUAUUACAGUCUCUGGCCUGUCUGCCUUUGAGCUCUGUUGAGGAGGAAACCAAAACAGGAGGGGACAGUUUCAUCACUGCCUUGGCUGUCUGAUGUGGGGCAUAAAGAGCGUACUGCCAGGCUGUGUGCCUGUAAAUAGGUCACGGUCCUAUUGUGAAACCUUUCCUCCUGGACCAGAGCAAGCAGCUGAAGGACCAGUAUGUUUAUUUUUGGUCUAUUUCACACUUUUUUAAUGCUGUACCCGUACUAGCUGCAUAUGAUAUUAUUUUCAGAGUUCCGAGCUAUUUUGUUUGGCUCGUCUGUUUGCUAAAACAUGCACUACAUUUGUGUUUAAUAUAUUGGCUAGGGUGUCAUGGUGGAGGUCUUUGACACUUGAGUGAGAUGUGCUGUUAUUGCUAAAUAUUAGGCCAAUAUUAAACUUUAUAUUAGUAAAAGUCAAAAACACAUAGAGGUACCCCCAAAACAAAGCAGAGGAGGUUAAAUGGCCUCUGUUGAGUAUUUUAUAUUUAGUAGAGUAGAUUGUUCAUGGCCACUCGUUAGUGACUAUUAUGUAUAGCAGUAUCAUGUUAUCAAAAAAAAAAAGUUUUUAUCAACACUUCAUGAAUUCAAUAUUAAUGUUGACCCUCAUUUUGGAAGCUUUGAAUACAUGUGAACGUUACUGCAGACCUUCUGUUUGCACACGUGAUGGCAGCUUAUGUAGCUCGCUGGCCGCACACUAGCUAACGUAGGGUCUGAGUGAUGCGCAGUGCAAUGUUUCAGUAGCGGACAUGAAUUCAAAAUUGAGAAAAAAUGUUGUUGUGGCCGUUGGGUUUUUGUUCCUUUAGCGGCCAUGUUGAUCAUACUUUGCUGUCUCCAUUAAAUCUUCAUGAUGGUGCCAGACUUGGCCGAUUUAUGAUUUGCAGAUAGUACGCCAUUCAUAUUGUAGGACUAAUAUGGGUACAGCAUGGCACAUGUGAAGUGGAGAAAAAAAAGCCUCCAUGUAUGUUUCUCAUUCAUAGAUUGUCCCAAGACCAGGAUGUUGUUCCAGACUGAUCUACUGCCUUGGCUUUUAAAGCGUUAUUCCACUGUGGCGGAACAGACUUUAGUCUCUGUGGGGGUUUGAGAUAAAUCAGCAACAAAAAUCAGCUACUCUGGGAAAGCAAUGAUUGAUUGAUUUGCGAACACUUCUAGGAAAUAAAACAUCAUUUUAAUCCGAAGCCUAAAAAUGAUGCUGGCUUUUUACAGAUAGAACGAGCAGGUUAUGGAAGUCAACACGGACGCAUUAAAUGAAAAGAUCAGAUUCAUUUAUGAGUGGAGAGAAUGAUUAUAUCAGUCGGGCGACGUCAGCUUUUCAUGGUAGCUGAUUUUCCACAGUGACACCCUCAUCUCUUUAUAACAGAUAAUCAGACAAAGUGAAAUAUCGCUUUAAGGGCCCCAUACAUGACCAAUGUUGUAAGAAUAUAAAGUGACCAACUAUUUAUAUGGAUUACAUGUAAAACAUAGAUUAUUAUUUCUGUUGCCAUAUUUUUGGUUAUAUCCACAUUUCACACCGAGACAAUAACCUCAACUGCAUUCAUAUUUGUAAUUAGUUUUUUCAUUACUUUAGUGCUCUUAAGCUCGGUUGUCUCAUUAACCCCCCCCUUGCUUGUUAUUGCUUAACACUUAGUUUUUUCAGUGCAUAACAUAUAACUGCUGCUUAUAAACCUUAUGAAAUCGUGGCAUAUCGCCACAAAAAUUCCAUCGAGUUCAUGUCAAAAGGCUGCAUGUUUAGUACCAUGACGCUGUGCACAAGAAAACAUCCGUCUUUAUAACCCGUUUUGAUCUAAAUGUACAAUUAAAUGUCAAAAAAAUAGCUACGAGUCCAAGAUGAUCUCUGUUUUAAGUGCAACUCCAGAGUAUUCAUUAUAUCAAGUGACACCUUGAUCUGCCUUAUUUCAUGAAAAGUCUUGAGCCGAGUUAAAGUGCACCAGAAACGAGGGAAAUGAUCAUUGCGCUUGCCACCUGCUGGCAGCUGAAUCCUUAUUAAUUUCCUUUAGUGAGCGAAGGGGAAGUUUUACAGAGCAGUCCCAACUCACAGCUGCAUAAAAGUAGGAUUACUGCUGUGGUCAUUUUAACGAUUAUAAUUGAUUGAUUUAAAUCCCCUUUUGAGCACUCACUGGAUCCAUAAAAAAACAUCCUAGGUUAAAGAAUCAAGGAGCUUUGGUUUCACCUCACCUUCACCUAUGUUUAUUCUACCGCUGUGCCAAAUUUAAAAAAGGAAAAACAUCACAACCAAGCGUUUGUUUUCAACAGAUCUCAUUCAUCCACAUCAUUCUGCUGUCUGCACAGAGGAACAACUGCCUUCACAAAUAGACAGUUUUCUUUUGUAAAAUUAUUUUUGUGUUGACAAAGUCGCCUGCCAACAGGUGAUCUCAGUGCCAUAUCUCACCGCUGUUGUGAUUUCAGUUUGUCAAAAUAUGAAUUUUCUGCCUGUAAAGACAAAAGGAGCUGGCUCACGUUGUACCGUUCUCUCCCAAUUGUUCCCAGGAAAUGCUGUAUUUCUAUAAUUUUGGUUUGUUUGUUAAUCAACUGGCUUAUAGUUUUUUGUCGUAAUCAGUAGAUUUGACCUUUUUAGUUUUGGUCUUAAGUCAUGUAAUUGUAAUGUACAGGUUACGUAUUUCUAAACACAUGGUGGAAUCCUCUCUUAGUUUUAUUUUGUUCCACUAAUGAAGCGAGUCGUGUUACAGUUGACAACAACAAUUGACAACUUUGGUGGAGUGGAACGAGCUAAGAACAACAUUGACAUAUUAUCCCCCUCCAGAGUUGUGAAACAUGUUCAUCCCUUUUGGAGAAUAGUUUAAGUGCUUCUGAUAAAUCGUAUUCCACUGUUCACGCUUCUUUUUAAAUUGGUUUCAGUCUCCACCAACUCCUGAGAAGAAUACAUCUGGCUCUUUAGCUGCUUGAUGUUCAUGCCACGUCUUAAGCAAGAUGCAAACUUUGUCUGUCUGCUGUUUGUCGCUGGACAGAUAUGUACGGUGGUUUUAUUCAAGUUGGUUUGGUGAAAACAGAAGUCGGCUGCUGCUGCU